UCUCAGCGAGGGAGGAGGAGGAGAAGAGGGAGGAGGAGGAGGAGGAGAGGGAGGGGGAGGAAGGCAGCGCCGCCAUUACAGGCCGAGCCCGCCCCGGCGGCCCCGCCGCCCCCCUCCUUCCCUCCCGCCCCCCCGCCGCCGCCCUGAGGGGGGACAUGGCGCCUUCUCCCGCCGCCCCCGGCCCGGCCCAUCGCCGCCGUUACGGGGGAAACGUCACCCGUCCCACGCCGGGCACCAGCAACUGACGUCGUCGGCACCAUCAUGGCAACGCCGAAACCGGUGGCUUGAGGGUCCGAAGCAAGAGGGGAAAGGGGGUGGUGGGGAGGGGAGAAAGAAACCCCUGUGGGAAGCAGCUGGAUUUUGGGGGUUCGGGGGGGGGAGGGUUGGGAGGGGGGAAGAGGAGGGGUGUAGGAAACAGGAUGUGUGGACGAUGAUGAUGGCAAGAAAGCAAGAUGUGCGCAUCCCCACCUACCAUGUCAGCGUGGUGGGCUUGUCGGGCACGGAGAAGGAGAAGGGACAGUGCGGCGUGGGCAAAUCCUGCCUGUGCAACCGCUUCGUACGGCCCAGCGCCGACGACUUCCACCUGGAGCACACGUCGGUGCUCAGCACCAGCGACUUCGGGGGUCGGGUGGUUAACAACGACCAUUUCCUUUACUGGGGGGAAGUGGGGAGAGCGUUGGAGGACGGAGGGGAGUGUAAGUUGCACGUGGUGGAGCAGACGGAGUUUAUCGAUGACCAGACGUUCCAGCCUCACCGGAGCACCGCCCUCCAGCCUUACAUCAAACGAGCUGCCGCCACCAAGCUGGCGUCGGCUGAGAAACUCAUGUACUUUUGCACUGACCAGUUGGGUUUGGAGCAGGACUUUGAACAGAAACAGAUGCCCGAAGGGAAGCUGCUGGUGGACGGUUUCCUCCUGUGUGUUGAUGUCAGUAGGGGGAUGAAUAGGAACUUCGAUGAGCAGCUCAAGUUCGUGUCCAACCUUUACAACCAAGUGGCCAAGACCAAGAAGCCCGUGGUGGUGGUGUUGACCAAGUGUGAUGAAGGGGUGGAGAGGUACAUCCGGGACGCCCACGCUUUUGCCUUAAGCAAGAAGAACCUGCAGGUGGUGGAGACUUCAGCCAGGUCCAACGUCAACGUGGACUUGGCCUUCAGCACCUUGGUGCAGCUGAUAGACAAGAGCAGGGGGAAAGCCAAAAUCAUCCCUUACUUCGAGGCCCUGAAGCAGCAGAGCCAACAGAUCGCCGCCGCCAAGGACAAGUACGAGUGGCUGGUGGGGCGGAUCGUCAAGAACCACAACGAGACGUGGCCCAACGUGAGCAGGAAGAUGCAGUCGGCCCCAGAGUACCAGGAUUACGUCUACCUGGAAGGGACCCAGAAAGCCAAGAAGCUUUUCCUGCAGCACGUGCAUCGCCUCAAGCAGGAGCACAUCGAGCGGCGCCGCAAGGCCUACCUGGCCCUGCUCCCCCAGGCCUUCGAGGCUCUCAUCCCAGACCUGGAGGAGAUCGACCACCUGAGCUGCCUCAAAGCUGAGAGGCUCUUGGAGACCAAACCCGACUUCCUCAAGUGGUUUGUGGUGCUGGAGGAGACCCCCUGGGACGCCACCAGCCACGUGGACGACGUGGAGAACGAGCGCAUCCCCUUCGACCUGAUGGAGACCCAACCCGCCGAGCAGCUCUACGAAGCUCACCUGGAGAAGCUGAGGAACGAGAGGAAGAGGGCGGAGAUGAGGAAGGCCUUCAAGGAGAACCUGGAGACUUCUCCCUUCAUCACCCCUGGCAAGCCCUGGGAGGAAGCCAGGAGCUUCAUCAUGAACGAGGAGUUCUACGUGUGGCUGGAGGAGUCGGUCUACGUGGACAUCUACGGCAGGCACCAGAAGCAGCUGAUCGACAAGGCCAAGGAGGAGUUCCAGGAGCUGCUGCUGGAGUACUCGGAGCUCUUCUACGAGCUGGAGCUCGAUGCCAAGCCCAGCAAAGAGAAGAUGGGAGUGAUCCAAGAGGUGCUGGGCGAAGAGCAGAGGUUCAAAGCCCUACAGAAGCUCCAGGCCGAGCGGGACGCCCUCAUCCUGAAGCACAUCCACUUUGUGUACCACCCCACCAAGGAGACGUGUCCCAGCUGCCCUCUGUGCGUGGACUCCAAGGUGGAGCAGCUCCUCUGCUCCCGCUUCACCCGCAACCAGAAGAACCCGCUGGCGGAUCCCAACGUCGACAGGAUCAACCUGGUGAUCCUGGGUAAGGACGGCUUGGCCCGAGAGUUGGCCAACGAGAUCCGGGCGCUCUGCACCAACGACGACAAGUACGUCAUCGAGGGCAAGAUGUACGAGCUGGCCCUCAGGCCCAUCGAGGGCAACGUCCGCCUCCCCGUCAACUCCUUCCAGACCCCCACCUUCCAACCCCACGGCUGCCUCUGCCUCUACAACUCCAAAGAGUCCCUGUCUUACGUGGUGGAGAGCAUCGAGAAGAGCCGGGAGUCGAGCGUGGGUAGGAGGGACAACCACCCUGUUCACCUCCCCCUCACCCUCAUCUUGGUCAACAAGAGGGGUGACACCGGUGGCGAGACCCUGCAGAGCCUGAUCCAGCAGGGCCAGCAGAUCGCCAGCAAGCUCCAGUGCGUCUUCCUCGACCCGGCCGCCGCCGGCAUCGGUUACGGCCGGAACAUCAACGAGAAGCAGAUCAGCCAGGUCCUGAAGGGCCUCCUGGACUCCAAACGCAACCUCAACCUCGUCAGCUCCAGCUCAGCCACCAUCAAGGAGCUGGCGGACGCGGAGCUGCGCGUGGUCGUGUGCCUGAUGUGCGGAGACCCCUUCAACGCCGACGACGUGCUGCUGCCCAUCCUCCAGUCGCAGAGCUGCCGCCCUUCCCCCUGCUCCUCGGGCUCUUCCGUCCUCCUCGAGUUGACUUUAGGAGCUCAAAGGAAGCGCCUGGAGCUUUCCCUCCUCUCCUACCACUCCUCCUUCGGCGUCCGCAAGAGCCGCCUGGUCCACGGUUACAUCGUGUUCUACUCGGCCAAGCGCCGCGCGUCACUGGCCACGCUCAGGGCCUUCCUGGGCGAGGUGCAGGACAUCAUCCCCAUCCAGGUGGUGGCGGUCACCGAGGCUCCCUCCGACCUCCUGGACAACGACCUGAGCAGGGAGCAGCUGAGCGAGGGCGAGGAGAUCGCCCAGGAGAUCGACGGCAAGUUCGCCGCCAUCCCUUGUGGCCAAGCCCAGCCUAAGCUGGAGCUGUUCCACUCCUUCUUCAAGGACGUGGUGGAGAAGAAAACCAUCAUCGAGGCCACCCACAUGUACGACAACGCGGCCGAGGCCUGUAGCACCACCGAGGAGGUUUUCAACUCGCCCAGGGCCGGUUCCCCACUCUGCAACUCCAACCUCCAGGACUCAGAGGAGGACGUGGAAGCUCCAGGAGGUUACAGCCCGUUCCGGGAGGAGGCUGCUCUGCCUCCCCUCGCCAAGGACCACUCGAAGCUGUCGAUGGAGCUGGAAGGGAACGACGGGCUGUCCUUCAUCUCGGUCAUGAGCGCUUUCGAGAGCAAGUUGAACAAUAAGGUGCCUCCACCGGUGAAGCCCAAACCCCCAGUUCAUUUUGACCUCACCAAAGGGGAUCUUUACCUAGAGCAAAGCCACCGGGACGGCCAGAGGAAAUCGGUCUCUUCCAGCCCUUGGUUACCCGGCGACUGCUUCGACCCGUCGGAUUACGCCGAGCCCAUGGACGCCGUGGUGAAGCCCCGCAGCGAGGAGGAGAACAUCUACUCAGUCCCUCACGACAGCACCCAGGGCAAGAUCAUCACCAUCAGGAACAUCAACAAGACCCAACCCAACGGCGGCGGCGGCAACGGCUCCGACAGCGAGAUGGACACGGGCUCCUUGGAACGAGCCCGCAAGGUCUCGGCCGUCACCAAACCCGUCCUGUACCGCAGCCGCUGCUCCAGGCUGGGCAGGUUCUCCAGCUACAGGACGAGCUUCAACGUCGGCAGCGACGACGAGCUGGGACCUGUGAGGAAGAAGGAAGAAGAUGCCACGUCUCAAGGUUACAAAGGGGACAACGCCGGCAUCCCCUACGAGGCGGCCGACGGAGAGGACCCCCGCAGGAGGAACAUCCUGCGCAGCCUGAGGAGGACCACCACCAAGAAGCCAAAGCCCAAACCUCGACCUUCCAUCCCCAAAAUGCUGGAGAGCAACUAUUUUGGGGUGCCCUUGAGCAACGUGGUGAGCGCAGAGAAGCCCAUCCCCAUCUUCAUCGAGCGAUGCAUCGAGUACAUCGAGGCCACAGGGCUGAGCACCGAAGGGAUUUACCGUGUCAGCGGCAACAAGUCAGAGAUGGAGAGUCUGCAGCGGCAGUUUGAUCAGGACCACGGCCUGGACCUGGCCGAGAAGGAUUUCACGGUGAACACGGUGGCGGGCGCCAUGAAAAGCUUCUUCUCGGAGCUGCCGGAGCCGCUGGUGCCGUACGGGAUGCAGGGCGAGCUGGUGGAGGCCCACAAGAUCAACGACCGGGAGCAGAAGCUGCACGCGCUGCGGGACGUGCUGCGGAGGUUCCCCAGGGAGAACUACGAGGUCUUCAAAUACGUCAUCGGGCACCUCAACAAGGUGAGCCACAACCACCGGGUGAACCUGAUGACGAGCGAGAACCUUUCCAUCUGCUUCUGGCCCACGCUGAUGCGCCCCGACUUCAGCACCAUGGACGCGCUGACGGCCACUCGCACCUACCAGACAAUCAUCGAACUCUUCAUCCACCAGUGCCCCUUCUUUUUCUACAACCGCCCCAUCCUGGACGCCGCCGCUCCCCGCCUCCCCUUCGGCCUCAGCCACACCACCACCACCACCACCACCACCACCUCCUCCUCCUCCUCUUCCUCCUCUUCCUCUGGGGCCUUUCCUCCCCGUCGUCCCCACGGCCACGUCCCCACCAGGCGAUUUGUCGCCGCCUCAAGGGUUGGGGGCGCCUCAGCUGCAGCACACGCUCUGAGGUGACUCCUCCAGCCCAUCUGGCCUCCUCUCCUACACCCCAAAAACCCACCCAAACCACCCCAAAAGGACACUAAAACUCCCCCCACCCUUCAUCCCCCUACCCCCCUGACCACAAACCUCCUCCCUCCACACACACCAUGAGAUGUUUGGGCCGGGCUCGGGGUUGAGAGUUGCUGGAGUGGAUUUGGGGGUCCCCAUGGUGAGCUUGGGGGGGGUGGGGGGGAGCUUUGAGGGGGGGGUUGUUGCUCUGGUUGCCCCCCCCUGGACUUGUGGGUGAGGCGCUGGGGCUGCUGAAGCUCUUCCUGUGGUUAGUGGGGAAGGGCAAGGGUCUGCUCAAGGUUGGUCUGUGGUGGCUUGAAGGUCAUCCAGGGUGGUCCAAGGGUCAUCCAAGGUGGCCUAACAUGGCUUGAAGGUCAUCCAAGGUGCUCCAGCAUGGCUUGAAAGUCAUCCAGGGUGGUCCAAGGGUCAUCCAAGGUGGCCUAACAUGGCUUGAAGGUCAUCCAAAGUGGUCCAUCAUGGCUUGAAAGUCAUCCAAGGUGGUCUAACGUGGCUUGAAGGUCAUCCAGGGUGGUCCAAAGGUCAUCAAAGGUGGUCCAGCAUGGCUUGAAAGUCAUCCAAGGAGGUCCAAGGGUCAUCCAAGGUGGUCCAGCAUGGCUUGAAGGUCAUCUAAAGUGGUCCAAAGUUCAUCCAAGGUGUCCAAAGGUCAUCCAAGGUGGUCCAGCAUGGCUUGAAGGUCAUCCAAAGUGGUCCAGCAUGGCUUGAAGGUCAUCCAAGGUGGCCUAACGUGGCUUGAAUGUCAUGCAAGGUCGUCUAAGGGUCAUCUAAAGUGGUCCAACAUGGCUUGAGGGUCAUCCAAGGAGGUCCAAGGGUCAUCCAAAGUUGUCCAGCACGGCUUGAAGGUCAUCCAAGGUGGCCUAACGUGGCUUUAAGGUCAUCCAAGAUGGUCCAAAGGCCAUCCAACUUGGUCCAAGGGUCAUCUAAAGUGGUCCAGCAUGGCUUGAGGGUCAUCCAACGUGGCCUAAUGUGGCUUGAAGGUCAUCCAAGGUGGUCCAGUAUGGCUUGAAGGUCAUCUAAAGUGGUCCAAAGGUCAUCCAAGGUGGUCCAGCAUGGCUUGAAGGUCAUCAAAGGUGGUCCAGUAUGGCUUGAAGGUCAUCUAAACUGGUCUAAAGGUCAUCCAAAGUGGUCCAGCAUGGCUUGAAGGUCGUCUAAAGUGGUCCAAAGGUCAUCCAAGGUGGUCCAAAGGUCAUCCAAGGUGGUCCAGCGUGGCUUGAAGGUCAUCUAAAGUGGUCCAAAGGCCAUCCACGGUGGCCCAUCAUGCCCUGAAGUUCAUCCCAACGUGCUCCAAGCUCAACCUGAGGCUCAGCCAACGCGGUCCAUGGUCACCCAAAGCCCAUCAGAGGUGCCCAAAGCCCCCUGAGGUGGCCCCAUCGCUGUCACCUCCCCUCCUCCCCCCUCCAAUGCCCCAAGGACUUGCCCCGUGGCCACCUCAGGCCCCUCCCCCCCCCCUUCCUGCCCCUCCCCCGGCAUGAAGCACUUACGGGGGGAGGGGGGGGGUUUAGGGGGGUCCCUGCCCCUCCCCCCAUCCCCCCCCCUCGGUUUUGGGCCGGAUUUUGGGGUUCUUUUUCUCCAGAAAAAACAUGAAAACAACAGAAAACGGC